GCAGAAAGAUGCACACAGUCUCCCUGAGGGGGAAUGGUCCACCACCGUUGCAGAAAUCUGAAUCCACAUGAAAACAAUGGCAACAAGAAAAAGGUGUAAACUUUCCAGAACAAGCCCAGAGUUUGAAAAUGUGAUAAAGAGGUUAUUGUGUGUCCGAACUUUUCACACAAGAAUUGGAGGAGAUUUAACACCAGGAAUAAUAAACAGAGGAAGACCAGCUAAUGCAGAGCAGAUGGGCCUGCAGGGCAAUGCUAAGCAUUUCAACAUCUUUCCCCUUGGACCUUUGGACUCAAGAUGACUGAUGCUGGUUUCUUUAGUUGAAAAUAAAGUUAAUGCAGUUGGGGAAACCAUAAAUAUAGCUGGCUUGGUUUCUAGGAUGGCUGGUGGACUAAAGUUGUUAAGAACCUACAAUGUGGCAGGCCUUCGAAAUUCACUACUCAAAUCCUGA